AUGUCCAGCCGACCAUCAAUCACCAGCUGCACAUCACAUCUAGAUGGGAGAAGAAAAUUACCUCCUAUGCGAAGCUAUCAUCCCAAGCUUCGCACAUUGAGACAGUGCACCUCAUUGGAAUGGGUUUACAAUUCAACUACUGACCCUGAUUGUAUUAGUGAUGAUAGGAUGGUAAUUCGAGUAGGGGAAGACAUCUCAUUAGAUCCAGCCGACAAACGUGCAGUUCCAAUGGAAGAUGGGAGUCUUCCAGUAAUGUCAUACUGUCUUGCGGCCUGUGUCGGUGAAUAUGAGCUUGUCCUCAGUGAUCAUAGGUCCAUAGUUGAUAUGUCUUGUGUUGAGGAUCAUGCAACUAUUCUGCCAUAUGAUGAGGGUGAUUUAGAGCAGCCUCAAAAACCAUUAAAGACUCUAUACAAUCGUUGGACUAUCAAUAUCCAGUUCUCGAAGGACAGGAAGCAUGGUUCAGUUGAUGGGGUGAAUGUCCAUAAUACUCAGACAGCCACUAAUGUCAACAGUGGUUCAAUGAGCCAUGCCUUGAAAUUCAUGGGUGUCGGCUACACAAACCUGUAA